AUGAUUGGAUUUAGCUUAAAAAACUUGACAUUUGUUCUUCUAACUGCAUGUUUUAUCUGGUUUUCAAAUGCUGCAAAUUCACAGUCGGGAGGUUCAAUAUUUAAUGUGCUCAAUUAUGGAGCUAAAGGAGAUGGUUUAUCUGAUGAUAAAAAGGCAUUUGAAGCUGCUUGGGCAGAUGCUUGUAAAGUCACCACGUCAACAAUGGUGGUGCCAUCGGGUUAUAGAUUCCUCAUGGGACCCACUUCAUUCUCCGGUUCGAAUUGUCAAAGAAAUAUUAGUUUUCAGGUUGAUGGUACAAUUUUAGCUCCAACCAGUUCAAGUGCAUGGGGUUCUUCGGGUGUUGGCCAAUGGAUUGAAUUCACACAACUUUUAGGGUUCACAAUUAAAGGAAAAGGCGCAUUUGAUGGAAGAGGCUCAGUUUGGUGGACCAAUAGACAGGUGGCAAAAACCAAGCCAAUGGCUCUGAGGUUUUCCAGCAGUUAUAAAGUAACAGUCACAGGCAUAACAAUCCAAAACAGUCCACAAUUCCACCUUACAUUCGAAGACUGUGAUGGAGUUUUAUUACACCAUUUCAGCAUCUCAUCACCUGGUGAUAGUCCUAACACAGACGGAAUUCACUUACACAACACCAAGAAUGUGAUAAUCCAUCAUACAAAUCUUUCUUGUGGAGAUGAUUGCAUAUCUAUACAAACAGGAUGCAAAAAUGUGCUUGUACAUAAUGUGAAUUGUGGGCCAGGGCAUGGAAUAAGCAUUGGAAGCUUAGGGAUAGAUGGCACAACAGCAUGUGUGUCCAAUAUUACUGUUAGAGACAUCAAUAUACAUGGCACAAUGACAGGUGUCAGAAUCAAGACAUGGCAGGGUGGGGAUGGGUUAGUUGAAGGAGUUGUGUUCUCAAACAUUCAAGUUUCUGAAGUUGAGUACCCGAUUAUGAUUGAUCAGUAUUAUUGUGAUCAUAGUAGAUGUAAAAAUGAUACAUCUGCUGUCAGCAUAGCAAAUAUUAUGUUUGAAAAUAUACAGGGAACUUAUACAGUACAACCUGUGCACCUGUCAUGUAGUGACAGCAAGCCUUGUAUGGACUUAAAGUUAACUGAUAUUCAGCUCAAACCAAAACAAGAAGGUUACCAUAUGCAUAAACCAUUCUGCUGGAAGGCUUUUGGAAAGUUGAAUGCUCCCAUUAUCCCUGAAGUUGAUUGUUUACAAGAAGGAAACCCAUUAAACAGUUGGGGUUACAAUGAUGCUCAAUGUGCAGCAUAGCCUAGAUAUGAUUUCGAGCAUUUAGUUGUGAGAUCUAUGUGAUUAAUUGCUGACCUCUUUUUAGCUUGGUGGUGGAUAUGUAUAUAGGAUUGGUUGUGUUUCUAUAGAUUCCUGGCUCUUAUUGUGUCAUUUUAUGCACAAACUGAAAAGAGAAGGUGUAGUCAUGGUAUUCAUCUUGUUGUCAGGAAAUAAGGGGAGACAU